AUGCUCCAACGCGCUGCGGCUGCUGCCGCCCCAAAACGCUGGUGGCUUGCAAACAGCGGCUCCGCACCGCUCCUCGCGCCGGCCUACGCAGCACACCAGCGUUCGGUGCCGCGGCUGCCCAUCCCGCCGCUCGGCGAGACGCUCGAGCGCUACCUGCGAGCAGCACAGCCGCUGCAGACGCUGGAGGAGCACGCAGCCACGCGGGCGGCAGUCGCACAGUUCUUCGAUACCGACGGGCCCGGGCUCCAGCGCCUCCUCGAGGAGGCUGACGCCGCACUUCCGCACGACUCAUCGUACCUCGAGUCGCUGUGGUACCGACUCGCCUACCUCGGGCCCCGCUCUCCGGUGCCGAUCCACGCCAACCCGUGCUUCACCCUCGCCCCGCCCUCGCGCCACACGCCGCCUCUGGAGCGCGCCGCCGGGCUCCUCGCCAAGGCGGCACAGUGGGCGCACGCGCUACGGACCGGCACCCUCACCGCUCCGACUGCCAAGGGCGGCUCACCGCUGUGCAUGGCGCUGCUUCCCGCCGUGCUAGGGACGGCGAGGAUCCCCCGCCAAGGCUGCGACGUGCUCCACUCCGCCUCCGCGCCGGACGCCGCGGCGAACAAGCACCAGGAUGCCUCAGCACGAGGGGCAUCGUUCUCCGCAGGCGCACCGCUCCCGCCCGCGACUCUCCUCGACUCGCUGAAGCAGCUGCCGCCGGCCGCGGCGCACGCACCCGCAGUCGGGGCGCUGACGGCGUGGCGGCGCGACGAGUGGGCGGAGGCUCGCGCCGCGCUCUCCAGCUCGCCGCAAAACGAGUCGUCUCUGAAGGCCAUCGACGAGGAUGGGGCGCAGGUGGUCUCCCUCGCGUCGCACUUGGCCGAGGCGGGCGAACACGAGGCGGGCGAACACGAGGCGGGUGGGCGAAGGCCGGCGGCUCGAGCGGCGCCGCCACGCCGGCUGCGCUUCGACGUGUCUCCAGAGCUCGGCGCUAAGGCGGCGGCCCUCGACCUCGACACCGCCACGGUGCGCUCCGUCUCGGCUAGCUGGGCCAAGGGGCGCGGCGUCUCGCUGGACGGCGUGGUGCAGCUCUCCUUCCAGCUGGCGCACAGGCGGCUGACCGGCGGCCUGUCGAGCACGUACGAGGCUUGCUCCACGCAAAGCUUCUCGCACGGCCGCACCGAGGCGGCCGCAGUGCCGUGCUUGCUGUCGCAUUUGCCUCGCCACUCCCAUUCGCGCUCUUGUUGGCCAAAGGUGAUCCGGCCGGUGACGCGCGAGUCGGCGGCGCUGCUGCAGCGGCUCGAGGAGGGAGACGCCGACGCGGCGGCGCUGCGAGCGGCGCUCGACGCUCAGCGUCGUCUCGUGGCCGACUGCCAGCGAGGGAAGGGGCACGGGCGGGGCACCGCCUCCUUCCUCGACCUUUCCUGGACGUUUCCUGAACGUCUUGCUGCGGAGGAGGCGGGGAUGCCCACGCCCGGCCUGUUUCGCGACUCCGGCUGGGCCACCGUCACUGCGUCCCUCGUCUCAACUUCGGGGUUGCGCUCCCCCGCGCUCGGCUGGUUCGCAUUCGGCCCGGUGGCGCGGCAAGGGGUCGGCCUCGGCUACUUGCUCUCCCCCGACGGCGUCGCGCUCUGCGCCACUUCCUUCCGCGGCAGCGGCGCACCCCGCGCCGCAGACCUCGCCGCGGCCGUCGAUGAGGCUUGCACGACGCUGCGCGGCGCGGUUGAGACGCUGAUACCCGCGCCGCAGCCCACCUCAAAGUUGUGA